AUGCUCAUCCCAUCUCGACCGCCCUCGUCGGCACCACCACCUCCUCCACCAUCGUCCUCGCAGACCAUACGCAUCCCAAAGCCCUGGGCACCCAUACCCACCACUACCAACAAGAGUUCGUCCCCCUGGGUUACCAACAAGACCUCAACAAACUCUUCGAUUGCAGCCCUUCCACCCAAGUCCACACCCUCACCCAGUCUCUCGUCCGAGGAAAACCCACACGCAAUGGCCAUCUAUGCCGCAUCAGACCACAGUGCUCAGCAGACCAAGGACAAGGGAGGACUCCGUCUCGAACUCCUGUCCAAGCACAAUCGAGAGCCACACAAGACACUAUGGCUCCCCGCUUUCACCGAUGUAGACCGCACCUAUGUCCUCGGUCGAUCCGCCGACGUCACACUCGAUGACCAUGCAAACUUCAUCGAGCCCGUCUGCCUCCAAGGACGAGUCGUCUCCCGCAAGCACCUCUACAUCAAGAUUGGCAAAGGCGGCACAUCGGUCACGAUCAAAGACUUGAAGAGCUCCCACGGAACUGUCAUCGAGGCUACACCCCAGCUACCCCACGGCGCUCUCUACAGAUGCCGACAAGUCACCAACAGCACAUGGUGGCCCAUCAAGACUGGGGAUCGACUCUUCCUUGGCAAAGGCGUCACGAGGAGUGGACGUGACUAUCGACCCCUUCAGUACGAGGUAAAGGUCAUUGCCAAGCCCACGUCAACAUCUGCGUCUGCGCCAGUAGGUCCUUACAGAGAUGCGCCCAUCGACAAGGUGACCUCAUUGAGCAAGACGAUUGAUGCCAUCAAUGCCACCCUGGCCAAGUACGCGCCACCGAAGCCUAGAGAGGCCAACAAUGUCAUACGCCUCACCGAUGAAGACCUCAUGGAAAGCGAUGAGAUCCCCUGGGCCAUACGCACUGUAGCACAGUCUAGCGCUCCCGCAGGUAACUUAGACCAUUCCCCGGUCCCUAGCGCGGGUAGCUCCAUCCAAGCCAACAAUGUGUCUGCCAAGGCUAUCGGCGAGGCAGAGAAGGCCGCCAGGACGAGCUCCUCCGGUGCCCCUGACAUGACCAACCCAGUCUCGACCAAAGCUGAUAACGCUGAAGUAGCAGAGCCAGAAGGCCGGGAAGAAGAAGGCGAGCACGAAGGCAUCGCAGAAGACUCGAUCAGUGACGACGAACACAGCUCUGAAGAAGACCUCGACGCAACACCCGUCGAUGAUCCAGCGGGCUAUGACGCCUCGGGCGACCAAUCUCUUGGCAGUGCUGAAGAUCGCGAGUGGUCGCCCUGCGAUGUUCACGACGAUUCAGACGUGAGCUCGGACUCGGAGCUAAAUGGAAGCUCACCCAGAGUGCACGAAAGUGAAUUGCACGAGAUGUGCUUCGACACCGAGCGCGAUGAGCGAGAACAUAUGUUGAGAAGACACGCAAGCGUCACUGCAGAGCAUCUGGCGCUCUCGUCUGAUUCGCAGGUGGCCGAGAGAGCCUUGUUCUUCGCGAAGCUCGAGAAGAUAACACAGACCGAAAACGAUGGAAGCGCGAAGACAGCUGCCGAGCUCGAAGACGUCGCUCCCCCUCCGUCUUCCAACAUGGCCGAUGAUGACCAUGCUAAGGUCCAAUGCAGAUGCGAGCAGGCUGACUGCGACAGCGAAGGCGAAGGCGAAGAGGCUGAGGCCGACGCGGCCUUCAAUUAUGCAUUGUGGCGUAGGGCCACGCUCAGGAUGCCUUCUCUUGGAUCGGUCUGGGAGGACUACCGAAAAGCGUUCGGAGGUGACGAAGGCCACGAUUCUCCUGUUGCAUCGAAGGUGGCGUCAGCUUCCUCUGACAUGAGCAAGAGCGUGAAACACACCGAGUCCUCUGAGCUCGUUGAAGAGUCGGAGAACGCCCUCGAAGCUAAUGUCGAUGAACAUGGCUACUGCGCACCCAGCGCAGAGAACAUCGGCGGCGAUGACGCCGUCGAGGACGAAGGCCCAGCCGAUGCAGAGGAUCUCAACAACGACUCCGGGGACAUGAAAGACGCGAACGAGAGUGACUCAGAUAACGACUCUGAAGAAUCAGCUGAGGAAGACGAGAGCAUCGAUAGCGACGACGACGACGACGAUGAAGAGUCAGUCGAAGAAGGCGACGUCGAGGAGAAGGAUGAAUCUACCGGAGGCGGUCAGCUCGAUGACAACGAGAUUCAGACAGGUGGAAACGUGAGCGCCGACGCACGACUUCCAUCAAUGAUGGAAGUCGGCUGCGAGAGACUCCCCAUUGUCCCUGCUGGACUCAAACGCUCCAUCGAUGAGGUUGAGCCUGAAGACUCACCUCAGUCUACGAACGAAGGAUCUCCCGCUCACGUCGAGGAGAAGACGGACGAGGUUGUCACUACAUACACCUCUCCCCAAUGUCCCGAAGAGGCUACGUCAGCUCUCAGUGCAACUCCUUCCUCGUCUGCACUUGCCGCACGCGCUCGUGCCAGUCUGGACCGAGUCAGGACCGUCAAGCGCCCCAGGCUGUCCGUUGGCAUCGACGCUAAGAGGGUCAGGGAUGUAGCGUGCGGCGUCGCGCUGGGAGCCGUUGGGACCUUCUUCGGACUGGCAGCCGUGGGCGCGACAGUCGAUGGAGCCUGA